ACAUACAAAAUGAAAUUCUUUGUUGCUACAACUUGUGUGCUUUUAUUAGCUUCUGGCAUCCUUGCCAAUCCCGCUGCCACUAAGGAUAACAGUGGUGAACAACAAACAAGUGCUUUUGCCCACUGUCUGGAAUCUGAUUCUAUUUCGUGUUUACAAUUAACGCUCUUCCGCAAAGCCAAAUCAAUCUUCGAAAAUCCCCAAAUUGAAUUGUUCGGUGGUGUCUCUUUGAUCAAGGCUAAUGAAGGUCGUCAAGGCAAAUCUUUGGAUGAAAGCGCUCGUGCCGUUGAAGCUGCUCCCAGCAUUGAAGCCCGCAACUCUGAAAUCGGCAGCUAUAUGUUGACCAAUGCCAAGAACUUCUUCGCUGAACGCUCAUUGAACUUCAACUUUGCCAAUGCUGCCCGCUCUGUAGCCCGUGCCAUUCCCGAUGACAUCAAGGCCGAUUUGCGUGAAUUGGUUGUUGAAUCCCGUACCAAGAAGAAGAAGUUGAUCAAGAAAUUCUUGCCAAUCUUGUUGGGUGUCGGUGCUAAGGUUGCUGUCUUGGCUGUUGGUGCCAUCUUCGGUUUGUUGUUCUUGGCCAAGAAGGCUCUUGUUAUCUCUGUCAUUGCCUUCUUCUUGGCCUUGGCUGCCGGUGCUAGCAGUGGCUUGAGCCGCCUUGGUGGUGGAGGAUCUGGUGGUCUUUUGGGCGGUCUCGGCGGUUUGUUCGGUGGUAAGAGCUCUGGUGCUGCCUCCGCUGGUGCUAGCUCAGGUGGUUGGUCAUCCGGUGGUGGUGCUCCCACCAGUGGUUGGUCCUCGGGUGGCAGCAGUUCCGGCUGGGACACCCAUGGUGCCUACAGCUCACCCGUUGCCCAAACUAUUGCUUACUCUGGCUACAAACAAGCCAGACGGUAAGCCAUUCCUGAAACUUGUUACUGUUAAUAAUAAGUCUCUUUUAGGGUAAUAAUUAUUAUAUUUUGAACAAAUUGAAACAAAGCAACAUUUACUAGGAAUCUUUACGAACAUUUUUAAAACAGAACGAAAUAAUUUAUUUAAUUAUUAUAAUUUAUUUUUAUUUAUUUAAUUUAUUAUUAUUUUAAUUUAUUGCAACAAAACAAAAAAAAAAAAACCUAAAAAGUGCCUGCAAUCCAAACACAAACUAUGAGAAUUUUUUUAAAAAUACUUAGAAUCUUUUGUGGGGUUUUCAAGCUGGAGAUCUUUUACAAAACCAUGUUUCGCAAUGAUUUAAAAUUCUCAAACACAAUUAUGUUAGAUUAAACUUAAAUGAUUUUACAUAAUUGGAAAAUAUGUUUUCUUUUUCAAAAUCUUAAAAUUUUAGAAUACCUAAUUUAAUAUUUUCUUUAAUUUACAGCUGAAUACAAAAACUAAUUCACAAAAUGCAUGAAUACUAGUCAAGCAUAAUGUGUAUUGAAAAUCUUAAAUCAUCCUACUCUAAAUUCUUAAACUAUCUAUCACAUACUUUCUAACUAUAUUUAACUCCAACUAUCUGUUUGUCUAUCUAUCUAUAUAUCUCUUUCCUUUAUUUUCUAUCUAUACCUAUCUCUUAACUAUUUCUUUAAAUCCUACUCUUACUUCUAUCGCUAUACCAAAACAAUACCUAUUCUUCUAUCUAACAAUUUCAAAACACCUACAAAAGAAACGAAAAAAAUACAAACUCAUGACUUUUUCUAAAAAAAAAACAUCUAAAA